AUGUCACAAGGUCAGUCCAAAAAACUGGACGUAACUGUUGAGCAGCUUCGAAGUAUAUACCACCAGUUUCAUGAUAUCUUGGAAGAAAAAACUGAUUUGCAUCUACCGAAGAAAGAAUACGACGAUGACGCUGUUAGGAGAGAGGUUCAGAUACAGUUACAAGAAUUUCUUUUGAGCGCUAUGACGAUGGCUUCGAAGUCACUAGAAGUUGUCAACGCCGACACGGUAGGAAAGACGGUAAAGCAAUUGAUCAUGGAAUCACAAGAGAAGUACAUGGAGCCCUUUGACCUUGACCUGAAUGAGCAAGUUAGAAAGAUGUACCAAGAGUGGGAAGACGAAACCGUUAAGGUGGCCCAGUUGAGGCAAACGGGGCCUGCAAAAAUCAACGAAGUUUACAACAACUCAAAGGAUGAGUAUUUGGCACAAUUGGAUGGGAGAAUCGGCGUUCUUCAAGCUAGAAUGAUGCAGCAACAAUCUGCUGACCAUGAUGAUAGUACCGACGAUGCCGAUGAUCACAUCAACUGGGAGCACAUCAAGCAGGAUUACGUUGCCUCACUCAAUGAAUUGUAUCAAACACAGCAAGACCUACCCAAGGUAAGAUAUAACGUUGAAAAGGUCAAGCGCUUAAUGGACUUCCUGGAGGAGGAUUGA